AUGCACACCCUCCGCAUCGUCCUCCUCGUGGCCCUCGGCGCGAGCGGCACCGUCUCGGCGGGCCUGCUCGACCGCGAAGCCCUCCUCGCGGCGCGGCAGUCGUCCGGCCAGGACGAGAACAGGAUCAGAGGUAGCUGCACGCAGACGAGUAACAAGUGCAACCUACCGGGCCGAAAUGCCCAGGUUUGUCCGGCCGACUACAAUAGGGUACGCGUUCCGGUCCACAACGACUCUGACAAGACAGGGCUGAAGGCUGACGAGCGCGCCAGUGCCCGUUCGACGGUGCCUCUUGCGUACUGA